AUGCACCGACAACUGGCCUCAAAGCUGCUAGAUGAAUUACUUCGGCCAUUAUUUGAUAAACAUGUUCGUUCAACUACGAUUAUUGAUGGUGUUGAUCUUAUUCGUCGUCUAGAAAUGUAUACUGCCAAAGAAUAUCGUAAAUCAACUACUUAUCUAUGUACAUUUGAUAUUUUCGACUUAUAUACGAUGAUACCGCAAGAAGAAUCAUUUAAUAUUCUUACAGAAUUUCUUCUUGAACAUGAUUAUCUAUCAACAUCGUGCGCUUCACCUUGGACUGAUAAUGAAAAUGCCUUUGUCGCCGUGCAUCAACAAUUAUUCAACAAAUCGACGACUCCUGAAUAUCAAAUAGCUUCCCGAAUAGCCAAAACAACUAUAAUCGAAUCCAAAGAUAAUAUAAAUAAUCUGUUAAUUCAAACAAAACUUGAUAAAGAAACAAAAUGGCUUACCAGUCUCAUUAUUCAUUAUACGCAUGAAAAACGACUCGCAAGCUAUAAAAAAGAUAUUCAUCAACUAUGGAAUCAAACAUUCAAACAAACACCAUUUAUCAACACAAGACGUAUUAUUGACAAUCGAAGCAGUCCAAAUAUUACAAAUCAAUUGCGACGACGUCAUCAGCCAUAA